AUGGCCAGGAGCCGCCGGGCUAACCUCCUCUCCCCUAGUGCAAUGACGACUGCGCAGAUCCAGCGCCGCCGAAGUGCCCAGCAUGGCCUUCCGUCCGGUGCGGGCUUCGACGGACUUCCGCAGACGCCCAAGGAGAUCAAUGCGGCACCCUCACUUGAGAAUGCGCAGGCGGCAAGACGACAGAUUGGCCGACUCAGCAUUAGCAAUGCCAUGAGCUUUGCCAAUGCCGUUCUGCACACUACCAUUCCCGCAUGGUUUAAUAUUGGUGUUAUGGUUGCGUGGAUAUUUGGAGGAUGCUGCUCGAAUGUUUUCGCGUUGGAGGCAAUUGUGAAGGAAGAGCCAGACAGCGGUCUUCUCAUGACCCUUGCCCAAUUUAUCCUUACUGCUCUGUUUAGUGUCCGCCACCAGUUCACCCUUUCAAAUCCACCCUUUUUUCUCAAGUCCAGAGCUGUUCCCCUUCGUCGAUGGCUCGUCAGCAUCGCUUUGUUCUUCUCAGUCAAUGUAAUGAACAAUUUUGCCUUUGGAUAUGACAUCUCUGUGCCUGUACAUAUCAUUCUUCGAAGCGGUGGCAGCGUCACUACUUUGCUGGCGGGGUGGCUCUGGGGAAAGCGCUUCACAAAGCUCCAAGUGCUCUCUGUCAUGAUUUUGACUGUGGGAGUCAUCAUCUCAGCCAUGGCCGACGCACAAGCAAAGGGCAAAAUAAAUUCCGAACACUCAAGCCACGGCCGCUCGUUUGCAACAGGUCUGGUUCUGCUCUUGAUCGCCCAGAUUCUCAGCGCCAUCAUGGGUCUUUAUACGCAAGCUACCUAUGCCAAGUACGGUUCACAUUGGCGCGAAAAUAUGUUUUAUAGCCACUUUUUGUCUAUUCCCCUCUUCUUCCCUUGGCACGUCUCGCUGCGCGAACAAUUCUCCCGUCUAUCGUCCUCGCGACCUAUCUCUCUUGCAUCGUUGUUUCCAUCAGCUCUUGUCGAAAAGCAACCUGCGCUUCAAAAGCUACCUUCAGUCCCGCUUCAGCUCGCUCUGCUGGCAGUGAAUUCUCUCACGCAAUACGCUUGCAUCAAGGGGGUGAACUUGCUGGCUGGCCGAUCCUCCGCACUAACGGUCACUAUUGUGCUUAAUAUUCGCAAAUUGACGAGUUUAAUGCUGAGUAUCUGGCUCUUUGGAAACAACUUGGCCCCUGGUGUCCUUUUGGGUGCAAUCGUUGUGUUUGCUGCUGGCGGAUUAUAUGGUUGGGAGAGCCAGCGCGCCAAAUCGAAAGAGGAAAAGGGAGGCAAAGAGGACAGCAAAAAGAAACAAUGA